CCAUUCCGGUGCUGCCUCUGCGCCCUCUCCGCCUUUUUCUUUUCUCGGGGCUUUGUGCCUGUCACCUUUGGCUUGUUUCCUCCGUUCUGCUCGUCUCUCUGACCCGGGUGCAGGUCAUCCUCCUAGGCUUCAGAGUCUGACAUCUGACGGCCUAUCUUCGCGCCCCACGGAGGAGCACCCCCUGCCCAGAGACACCCACUGCAGAGCCGGGUGCAGCGAAGCGGUCAUGGAAGAAAUGAACAGACCUUUGUUCCAGCAGGAAGACAAGAAUGGGAUUACUUACAGGAUCCCCGCCCUGCUCUACAUUCCCCACAAACAUACCUUCCUGGCCUUUGCAGAAAAGCGGUCCACACUCAAGGAUGAGGAUGCGCUCCACCUGGUGAUGAGGCGAGGACUGAGGACUGGACACUCAGUAGAGUGGGGACCCCAGGAGCCACUGAUGGAAGCAAUAUUACCUGGGCAUCGGACCAUGAACCCCUGUCCUGUGUGGGAGCGGAAGAACAGCUGUGUAUACCUGUUCUUCAUCUGUAUACGAGACCAUGUCACUGAGUGUCACCAGAUUGUGUCAGGCAGGAAUGCUGCCCGCCUGUGCUUCAUCUGCAGCCAGGAUGCAGGCCAUACAUGGAGUAAGCUGAGAGAUUUGACAGAGGAGGUGAUUGAGUUCUCAGAGAUGAGGCACUGGGCCACCUUUGCUGUGGGGCCAGGUCACGGCAUCCAGAUUCAGUCAGGGAGGCUGAUCAUCCCUGCGUAUGCCUAUUAUUUCUCACACCGGUUCUGUGGCUUCCCACUGUCAUGUUUCACCAAGGCUCACUCCCUGAUGAUCUACAGUGAUGACUUCGGCCUCACGUGGCACCAUGGCAAGUUCAUUAGGGGCCUGGUGACCGUGGAGUGCCAAGUGGCAGAAGUGACUGGGAAAUCUGGUUUUCCUGUGCUCUACUGCAGUGCCCGCACACCAAACAGGUUCCGGGCAGAGGCUCUUAGUAUUAAUCAUGGUGAAUGCUUUCAGAGGCAGGCCCUGAACCUAAAGCUGUGCGAGCCCCCCAAUGGCUGCCAAGGCAGUAUCUUGAGCAUCCAGCCCUUGCAGAUCCCGCAUCGAUGCCAGGAUCCUGAUGACAAAGAUGCUCCCACCACUGAGAAGAGUUCCCAAAUGGACAAAUUACUGCAGCUGGAGGAAAGAGCUGGAAAAUUGUCAGGAACAUGGCUCUUGUACUCACACCCCACCAAUAAGAAAAAGAGAAUCAAUCUAGGUAUCUACCUCAACCAGAGCCCCUUGGAUACUGCCGGCUGGUCUCAACCUUGGAUUUUGCACGAUGGACCCAGUGGUUACUCUGAUCUGGCUCUUGUGGAGGAGCAGGGCUUGUUUGGAUGUUUGUUUGAGUGUGGGAGUGAGCAUGAAUGUGAACAGAUUGUCUUUCGCCUGUUUACGCACUUAGAUGUCCUGAGCCACACGCAAGAGGACUGUGCCAGACCUGCUGGGAUGCAACCUGAGCCAGUUCAGCACUGACUUGCUAUCUCUAGAAGGGAGUAACAACCAGAGCUGCGGUACCAGAGCUUUCUAACAGCUCAGUUCACUUAUUUUGCCUUUACUCUUUCCUUCUUUUUUAAAGAGAAAAGGGAAAGUUUUGCCAUAGUUAAUUGCUGAACUGCCAGUUGGCUGGCCACAAUGUGAUCUUGGCUCUGCCACUGACCUGCUUAAAGACCUUGGAUAUGCCUCCUGGACUCUAGGGGGCUCAGGUCUCCAUUUUUAAAGUGAUAGAAUUAGCUUGUGGUUUUUCAUCUUCCCAUUGCUAGGUGAGGCAUAGUGCCAGUGUGCUCCACAGUCAGCAAGUCCUGGCUACAUAAAGGACUGAGCUUGAAUGGAGGUCAGAGGGCUUCUCUUUUCAGAUGGUCCACUCUUGUUCAAGCAGGUUUUUGUGUGGCAAGAAGGAAGUUGUGGGGGUUUUUUUGUUUUGUUUUUGUU